AUGGAGAAACAGGCUAAGAAGUGUGAUCAUGGGCACAUCAACAACAAAGAAACAAAGAAUGAUAAAACAUCAUCGUCUAACUCGACCACAAUUGUCUUGAAAAUCGAUAUGCAUUGUGAUGAAUGCGCUUCAAAAAUCAUCAAAUGCCUACGAGGCUCCGAUGACAACAGUUAUGCUGAAGGUGUUUAA